AGCACAUUGCACAUCACGAUGUCGCAAGACGAGAUGAAUUGGUUAAAGGCAGCCGUCCUGCCGGGUCCAGUGGCCUGUCUGCAAUCAAAAAGUACGAUCCGCAGCUGGAACGAUCUUCGCUCUGCAGGUUCAGCGCUUGUUGACACGAUUGCCGAUCAUGCGUUUAUUCCUCCUUCAACUCAUUUCUGUUGCAGCGUACGGUGCGGCCGCCGAGAAGCUUCUCUACCGCAACACCUUCAGCAACAGCUCCUCAAUUGCUUCAUGGGUCGCCGAAGGCCCCGUCACUGCCAACGUGACCAACAAUACUCUUACCCUCGGUGGCGCGGGCAAGAUCGACGAAUAUUUCGUGUACUGGUUGCCUGAGAUUUUCCCUGACCGCAUAAGGAUCUCAUGGGAUUUUCAGCCUAUUCAAGAACCUGGCCUGGCUAUGUUCUUUUUCGGUGCGACUUCCGUCUCAGGUGGUAGCAUCUUCGAUCCCAGUCUCAAGCCGCGCAAUGGAAGCUACCCUCAGUACCACUCCAGUGACAUUAGGCUCCUUCAUGCGAGCUACUUUCGCAGAAGAUGGCCGGAGGAGAGGCAGUUCCACGUCGCGAACCUGAGGAAGAGCCCAGGAUUCAAUCUUGUUGCACAGGCUGCAGAUCCAAUCCCUGAUGUCGCUGAUACGCAAGGUGCGUACUACAACAUCACGGUGGUCAAGGACAAGAGGGAGGCGAGCUUUUACAUCAACGGGCUCGAGAUCUUCAGGUUUGAUGACACCAAGACCAACACUGGUCCAGUCGUUCGGGAGGGCAGAAUUGCAUUCCGGGGCAUGCAGCCGCUGGUUGCGAAAUAUCGCAAUCUGGAGGUGUGGUCGCUGUAGCAGCAGAGCAAUGACAGCCCAACAAGGCUUCUGCAAUAUCAGUUCUAAAUCAAAAUGCACUCCGGGGCAAUAAAGAGAUGGCGUUGGCGCGCAAUGAUUUCUCUGAGGUUGCUAGUGAAUACAGCAGGUGCCCAGGUUGAGAACGGCCCACUCCACAUCUUCGGAGGAGGGACUGGUACGGCUUCAGACAUCACAAAAUGCCGCUAGCUCAGUCGAAACGAGCAGGUUGAUUUUGGCACAAUUAGAUACUUGACUGAUGUUUGCGUGCGCUCGAAUGGAAUCUUACACACCAACCUGAAUGCAGCCGUGGUACAAGACCCUUGCGAUGCUUUGGAGUUAACACGACGGGUACAUUAGAUGAAUAGGUUCAACGGCCAAACAACUUUCCUUUUAUUUUCUAACCAAAAAUAUCCGGACAAAA